UUUUACAAAAUCUUUGUUUUUUACUAAAUACCUUAUUUAUUAAAUACCUCCUUAUUCAAUGCUAAUUUAUCUAAUAAGUUUUUUGGCACAAGGCGUAGAAUCUUGCCAAUUGUUAGGUUAGAAUAAUCCUUCACUUUCGGGGGCUAGAAUGACGAACACAUGGUCGUGUACGGUCAUGUACGAUCGUUGAUCCUAUUUGCUUCUGUGUGUUAGAGAAUAGUGAUAUUAUAUUUUUACAUAAUACUAUGUGAUUGUGUAAUCAUAUGUUUCAGUAAUAAUUUUAUUCUUUUAUGUAAAAGAGUGUGCAAAAUUUGGAGGAAGAUAAUCUGAAUAUAACCUCAAUUGUGUGUCAGCACGUGUCAAUUUUGACGCAUUUUGACGCAUUAGCACAUAUGAUAUUGCACCAGAAGAAUAAAAAUGGUUCAGUAUAAUGAAUUUCAAGCCAUUGUGCUUGCUGGAGGGAAAGGCUCUCGUAUGACAGAGCUUACGACAGACCAGCUCAAAUGUUUGCUCCCAAUUGCAAAUGUUCCUAUGAUUUGGUAUCCCCUGCAAGUUCUGGAACGCUCUGGUUUCAAGGAAGCAAUUGUUAUUGUGUCUGAAUUAACAAAAUCUGAUGUAUCAGCAUCAUUGGAAAAACUAGGUUUGAAAAUCAAGCUAGAAGUUAUUGGAAUUCAAGGAGCUGAGGAUCUUGGUACUGCUGAGUCCAUUAGACUUAUUCAUGAAAAGAUAUAUACAGAUUUCUUGGUAAUAUCUUGUGAUCUGAUCACCAAUAUCGAUAUAUUAGACAUAUUAAACUUAUACAGGAAACAUAAUGCAAGUAUAACUGCUUUAAUGUUGCCUGUCCCAAAAGUUCUUGAUGACUUUGUAACACCAGGCCCAAAAAAUAAGCAGAAACCAGAAACAGACUUAAUUGGCAUUGAUAAUAAUACAGGAAGGUUAGUUUUCUUAGCGUCUGCAUCUGACUUUGAGGAAACAAUCAAUAUCUCACAAAGGCUUCUUAGAAAGCACACUAGUUUUACUAUUCAUUCGAAAUUGAUGGAUGCACAUUUGUAUGUCAUUAAUAAAUGGGUAUUGGACUUUUUAGUAUUUAACAAGAAUUUUACAACAUUGAAAGGUGAAUUUUUGCCAUAUAUAGUCAGUAAACAAUUGUCUAAACCUAAAUGUGUGGAUGAUAGAAAUACUUCUAUGGUACAAGUGGAUUUGAAGGACGAUAUCUUUCGUUUUGCUAUGGAGAAACCUUUAGAUGAGCUGAUAAGAAAAAUGUCAGCUUUCAAUGAUCAUAACACUGAUUUGGAAGAAGCUUAUCAUGGUGACAUAAUAAGAUGUUAUGCUUAUGUGUCAAAUGAAAAAUUUGGUCUUAGAGCAAACACUGUGCAAAUGUAUCAUCUUGCUAAUGCUAAGAUAUCAGAAUGGUGGAAUGCCGAUAAUAAAAAUACCAGCCAAUUGUCACUGCUGCCAAGUAUCUCGAGCAUGGCAAAUGUACGCAGUACACAAGUGCAAGAAUGUCGUAUAGAUGAUAAUGCAUUCAUUGAUGAAAAAACAUCGCUUAAAUAUAGUCACAUUGGACCUAGCAGCAUUGUGGAAUCGAAAACAAGAAUAUCUCAGAGCGUAAUAAUGGCAAAUGUAACUAUUAAGCAAAGAUGUGUUAUUCACAAUUGUAUAUUGUGCAAUGGCUGUAUCAUUGAAGAAGGUACUGAAUUAAAGGAUUGCUUAGUUGGAGCUCAACAUCUUGUGAUAUCUGGUAGCCAACAUUCUCGCGAAGUACUCACAGAUGCGAACAAGCUUAUAGAAAUUUAAUUAUUUGCAAUUAUAUUAUUUAUAAUUAUUUACAAAUAAAAUUUAUGAGUAAAA